UACACAGCUUCUUCUGCUUGGUUGUAUAAAACUCACUCAGAUUUUGAGAAAGACACAACAACAAAAUUAAUUUUCCCUUCUCUCCUUUCUCCAUUCGUCAGUUUCAAGAUUUUUAUUUUUAUCUCAAAGACCCACAAAACAAUAUUCUUGAUUUUCCUUCAAUUUCUUCAAAGUUAUGAAGAGGAACUUCAGUUGCUCUGAUUCAUUGACUCAUUUUCUCUCACACCCACUUGAAGGGGAGAUGAAAGCAGAAGAAGACUGCCUUUACAAUGGAGAAUUUCAGUCAAUGGUAGACGGCAGUGGCAGUGGAAGUGGCCGCGGCGAUGGUGAAGAUUACGGUGGAGAAGAAACAGGACAAUUUAGUGACAAAAAGAGAAGAUUAAGUAAUCAUCAAGUGAAAUCGUUGGAGAAAAUAUUUGAAGUCGAUAACAAACUUGACCCAGAAAGGAAAGUGAAAGUGGCGCAAGAUUUGGGUUUGCAACCACGGCAGGUGGCGAUUUGGUUCCAGAACCGCCGUGCACGGUGGAAGACAAAGCAGUUGGAGAGAGACUACAAUCUUCUUAAGUCUAAUUAUGAUGCUCUUAAGCAUAAUUAUCAUAAGCUUGAGCAAGAGAAAGAAACCAUAAUCAAUGAGUUGGUAGAGCUAAAAGCAAAGCUUCACGAGGAAACAACCGAAAGAAAUGAUGAGUUCGAGGACAGAGAAAAUAUUUUGUUCUUGGGAUCUGAUCCGACGAAUACAAAUCAUGAAGUAUACACAAGUUUAAACUAUGAAAAAACUCGAAUAUUACUAGACUUAAAAGAUGGAUUUUCUGAUAGUGAUUCAAGUGGGGUUUUAAACGAAGAAAACAUGAAUGUUAGCAACGCUAAUGGAAGUUCUUUGCUAAAUAUAGCUACUUUUGGGCUCUCUUCUAUUUGUUCAUCGUCAGCUACGAAUUCAAAUCACGCAGAACAUAUAGAUCCUGCAAGGACAUAUCAAGAACAAUCAGAUCCGUAUUUAGUAAGUAAUGUUGAGGAUGAGUCAUGCAACAUUUUUUUGGUCGAUCAAGCCCCUAACCUUUGUUGGUACUUUCGGGAUCACACAAACUAGUGAUUAAAUGGGUUAUAUAGUUUGUAGUUUAAGUACGAAGAAGCUUAUGAAAAUGAAUAAUUAUAUAAUAUUUUGGAAUUUUUAUGAAGUAUAUUAAAAUUGUGAC